AUGGGGGCCGCCAAGUAUGACAAUCUCAGCGACAUGCACUCCAAGAAGGAAUCCGAUCCUGCCUUGGAUGAGCAUGCCGGAACAACUGCCGCACUUUGUGAAUGGGCAGUUGGCCUGAAAGUCUCAGAUGUCCCGAAGCCAGUUCUCGAGCGUGUCAAGCACCUCAUUCUGGACGGGAUCGCCUGUGCAUUGGUCGGCGGCCAUGUGCCCUGGUCUGAGCAAUGUGCUGAUGCCAUCUUGGACUAUGAAGCUCCUGGGUACUGCAGUGUUAUUGGAUAUGACGAGGCCCUGAGCCCCCUAGCAGCUGCCAUCUUGAACGGCGCCUUCAUCCAGGCCACUGAACUGGAUGAUUACCACAGCGCAGCUCCACUACACUCGGCCGCUGUGGUGGUGCCAGCUCUCCUGGCCGCAGCACAAUUCCUCGCGACUGGUAACGGUAGAGGCAAGACGACGCAGACGGUGUCCGGCCUUGAAUUCCUCCUGGCUGCUGUUGUUGGUUUCGAGACAGGCCCACGCGCAGGCUCGGCGCUGGGUGGUGGCGAGCUGCUCGUUCGAGGAUGGCACUCGGGGGCCAUCUUUGGCUGUCCAGCCGCCGCCGUGGCCAGCGCCCGCCUGAUGGGCCUCUCGGCCGACGACACCGAAUCUGCCGUUGGCAUUGCGUGCACGCAGGCUGGCGGCCUCAUGUCGGCAACAUACGAGGGCAUGAUCAAGCGCGUCCAGCACGCAUUCGCAGCGCGCAACGGCCUUUUUGGAGCACUGCUCGCCCGCAAUGGCUAUGUCGGCAUCAAGAAGGUGUUUGAGCGUCGCUAUGGCGGCUUUCUGAGCAUGUUCAGCAAGGGCAAUAAUUCCGAGCCUGCCUACGACGUUCGUCGCGUGGUUCAGAAUCUAGGUCAGAAGUGGGAAAUCUUCAACAUUCGCGUCAAGCUACACGCCUGUGUUGGCGGUUGCCACGGCCAGAUCGAGGCACUCGCCAAGCUGCAGGAGGAAUACCCCGAGAGAUUCGAAAACGACAAGCUUGCUCACAUCACCAGCAUCAAGGUGGGUCUCUCGGGCCCCAUUUUUGCGCACGAUGGCUGGGAACCCCAUGAGCGACCAUUAGCGACUACCGGCGCCCAGAUGAAUGCCGCCUUCAUUGGCGCCAUGCAGCUCGUGGAUCGCCAGGUGCUCCUGGAACAAUUUGCGGACAAGAACUUGAACCGCGACGAUGUUUGGGACUUGGUGUACAAGACGAGUUGCUAUCAUGAUGCGCACUUUGAUCAACCACAUUUCGCAUGCGGUGCGCGGAUUGCAAUCGAGUUUGACGAUGGCUUCAAGGUCGAAACGGUCCUGGACCAGCCACGCGGCUAUAACCCCCCAAUCACUGACAAGGAGAUACAGGGCAAAUACCGGAAACUAGCCACGUCUGCCAUUGAUGACGAACAGCGCUUGCAGCGCAUUGAACAGCUCAUAUUGGACCUGGAGAACAUCGAGGAUAUAUCAGAGUUGUUCCAGCUGCUUGCCCCACUCACUAAGAAGGUGCUCUAA